AUUACAUAAUCUGCCAUACAUUUAUUUUACAAAGAAUAAAUGCAAAAUGAAUAUUCGCGAAGAAAUCAUCGAUCGGAUGCUGAGAAUUCUUAAGCAAUUCACCCGAAAGCUGAAGAUUGCGAUAUACCUACCGAUAAUCAUAGAGCAGUUGAAAACCAAGCGCCCCGCCAGUUAUCGCAAUGUAAAAGAAUUCAGAAAAUUGUACACGUUAUGCACGAGCGCAAAGUUGGAAGCUAAUCAACAAGGCGAGAUGGAGAGCUUGUUGACGAAUAACGAAUCAAAACAAGUUGCUACGAUCCAGGAGGAACCUGCCGAUCUCGAAUCGCAGUGCGCGGUCAUUUUACAACGUUUGAUCGACUACGAAGAUGACAUAUUGUCGGUUGCGAAAGACAAUAUCGAGCUUAUUUUGCCAAGCCUCGUAAAUACUAUCAAUCGCGUGGAGCUAUUAGAGCAAAUUGUCGAUUUGCAAGUGAGAACAACACCAAAACAAUUGCGCGAACGAGAAAUUGGCUUGCGCAACGCCGACACGCUAAUCGCGCAAACCCAAGAGGAAAUUCAAACGCUGAGAAGCAGCAUCGAGGAGGAAACGUCAAAACACGAGGAGACGAUAAAAAAAUGCCAAGACGAAAUCGCCGAGUUGAAUCUGCUUAUCGACGACCGGCGAAGAAAACAUCGCGCCGAGCUCGAGCGUCAAAUGAAUCGUUACGAGACAAAGUUACGUGGGCUGCGAGACGAUAUUAUCGAUGAGAAGCAUAAUCUCGAUCUACAGCUGUAUGCUAACGAGGGGCUUAUGGAGCAGCUGAUUCAGGCCGAUUUGGAGCGGGAAAAAUCGCUGAGAAAUUAUUGCGUAAAAUCAGAAAGGAAACGCAUCGCGGCGCGAUGCGCGUACGAUCGAGACCUGAAAAAACUGAACGAGCUGAAGGAGACCCUGGAGAUGCAACUGCGCGUAACGAAGACUCAUUUCGAGAUCUCGAAGAACGAAUAUGACGUGCAGAGCGUGUUAUUUACGAACUUGAAGAAGCAACGGGAGCUGGCAAUGAUGCAAGCCUUCGCUGAGCAGCUCGACAAUUUCGAAAAGAAUCGCGCGGCUCGCAUAAUCCAGCGAACCUGGCGCGCCUACCACGAGCGCUGCAUAUCGUCCAAGAAGAGGAAGAAGAAGAAAAACAAGUGAUAGCGCGCUUUAUAAGUUGAUAUUGCGUUUGUUCAUCGUCAUCGCGGUAUCCAGGGGUUUGACUAUAUACUAUAUCACACUUCACCGUGGUAAUGGUAGAUCCCUGCUUCACCUCCACGGCUUUUCAGACUGAAUUAUUAUAAAAAAAAAGAUAUUAUUCCUUUGCAUUUUUUAAAAUGUUGUUUGCCUUUUUCUCGAAGGCAAAAUAAAAUUGUGUAAUAAAAUAAUGUAAAAAAA